GCAGUUAGUUUACCAUGCAGGCCCGAUGGUGUCAGACAUGAGGAAAGCCUGGAGGCAGAACCAGUGCUGUGUUGCAGUGGAAGUAAAGCAGGAACUUGUGUUGAACAUAUUUAAAGUCUCGCGGUUUUACUUUGAAGACCUUCUAAUACUUCUAAUUCAAAAUGAGAGAAACUGAAUAUCGAGAUGUGAGUCCAUUGAUUAAAGACCAGCUCCUGUGGAUCCUCGCCAUGGAUGAAGAGUUGACGCCUUUGGACUGCCUUCUGCCCUCAGGCACACAGAGGAUCUGUCUGAUUAUUCUGAACCAGCCUCUAAAUCAAGACUACCUGCACAUUCUCUGGAGUAAAGCUCUCUUGAGGGCAUGUGCUGAUGGAGCUGCCAAUCACCUGUACAACAACACCGCUGGAGACAGAGACAGCUUUCUCCCCGACUAUAUCAGUGGGGAUUUUGAUUCCAUUACUGCCGAGGUCAAAGCGUUCUAUGGAGACAAGGGGUGCAAUCUGAUAGAAACAGCUGACCAGGACCUAACAGACUUUACCAAGUGCCUUGCGAUCAUGGUGGAGGAAAUUCAUAGACGAAAGUUACAGGUGGAUGCCAUAGUCACACUCGGCGGUCUGGCUGGCAGGUUUGACCAGACCAUGGCAUCUGUUGAGACCCUCCACCACUCUCUGUCAAUGACACCACUUCCCCUGUUGAUGAUUCAGGGGACUAGCCUCAUAUGCCUUCUCAGACCCGGCAGUCACAGGCUAGCGGUCAACACGGGCCUGGAGGGGGACUGGUGCAGCCUCAUUCCAGUGGGUGGACCCUGCCAAACAACCACGACUGGACUGAAAUGGAACCUGGAUAACCAGAUCUUGCAGUUUGGGAAGCUGGUGAGCACCUCCAACGCCUAUGAACCCGUUGCCCCUGGAAACCCCAGAAAGCCUGUAACCGUGACAACAGACCAGCCCCUGCUCUGGAGCAUGGGCAUCUGCGAGGACGGGCAAUGACACAGAAGAAGCCCUCUUGUUCUCGGGCCACGUGUGACGACGAAGAACGUGCAACUGCUUUGCUACAGCUGAGCUAUGGCGAGCGCACACGUCUGAGAGGUUCUGUACGGCACGAGGUCAAAAGAGGACGAGGUUGAAAGCUCCAUGGUUUCCAUGAUCGUCUUGUGAUGUGACCAAGCCUUGGGCAGCUCGGUUGGAAUACAAGAAAAUUCCAAACUGACCAAAACAUCUGACUUAGUUUCUACACCACAGUGGCCAUCUUUGACUGAUAUUUACUGUGUUAUUUUAACAGGUUUGGAUACACUUCCUCAAUGUGCAGGGUUGAAUUAAAAAUGACCACAUACGACCAGAAA